AUGGUGUAUGGGUCUGCACGCUCUACGGCUUUGCGGCAAUUGGAUACCGUACACCACACUGCUCUAAGAAUCUGUUCUGGAGCAUUUCGCACCUCUCCAGUAGAGAGCCUGUAUGUUAUUUGCCAUCAACCCUCUCUCCCUUUAAGGCGUUUAAAGUUAUCUACUCUAUACUAUUAUCGUACAAGAUCUGUCCCUAAUCACCCUAUUUGUCAUAUGAAUCUUCCCGUAGGUCUUCGCAGACUAUAUAAUGCCCGCCCCUCACAUGUUCUUCCAUUCAAUGAGAGAGCAAAAUUGCUCAUGCGUGAUUCGGACCUUUCAAAUGUCACCAUCACGACUGUUGAUUCUUUUUGCUUUCCGCCUUGGGAUGUCCCAUACAUUUCAUUUCUGAAUCCAUUCGCAGGUUUUGAUAAGUCCUCCACUGCUUCUGUUGUUUAUCAGCAACUUUUUCUUUAUCAUCGCUGUCAGUAUUCUUCUUUCACACCAAUCUUUACAGAUGGUUCCCGAUCAGAUGGGCAUGUCGGUUGCGGCAUCAUAAUUCCAUCUGAUACUCUGAGCUAUCGCCUACACAACUGUUGCUCCGUUUUCACGGCUGAGUUGGUGGCAAUUUUCUGUGCUCUACGCGAAAUCUUGCCACUUUCUGAGCGUAAUUUUAUAAUUUAUACUGACAGUCGGAGUGCUUUGGAGACACUCUCUCAUUAUCACUAUCAGAUGCACCCUAUUGCUAUUCAAAUUUUGUGUACAUUACGACUCCUAGAAAAUAGGGGUUUCAAAAUUCUCUUCUGUUGGGUACCAGGGCAUGCAGGUAUUACCGGUAAUGAAAGGGCAGAUUUUGCAGCUAAAUCUGCAUCACUAUUUCUAACGCAAUCUCUUCCAUAUUGUGAUGCUAAGCGGUCCCUUGUACGACACAUCUUUUCUAAAUGGCAGGUGGAAUGGGAUCUGCAGAUCCACAAUAAGUUGCAUCCCAUCAAGCCCACAGUUGGUUUAUGGCCUACUCUACGACAGCGUGAGAAUGAUGUCAAAAUGACUCGCCUACGUAUAGGGCAUACUCGAUAUACUCACCGCCAUCUCCUUUUUGGUGAAAGGGCACCAAUAUGCUCCAAAUGUCAUGUUGAGAUUAGUAUUCAACAUAUUUUGAUUGUCUGUCCUAAUUUUGAAGUUCAUCGUCGUUACUUCUUCCACUCGUCAAAUCUUAACAUACAAGACCUGGAUUUCGCUAACAUUAUAGUCUUCUUUCGCUACAUCUGA